AUGUCAGAAAGUCACACCCCAGUUGCAGAUAUAUCAAAGCAAGAUGUCGAAAGAGAAGAGGAACGUAGCGGGCCGAGGCCCGAACUCGAAGAUAUCGAAGAAGGGUACCAGACUCCAACUUCUGAGGAACACAGAAUUCCUGCAGUAGUUCUGAGCUGCCCGCCUCCGGCGCCCAAGAAGCGGAAGAGAUUGUCUUCGCACGUGAAGAAAGUGCACAGACUGGAGCUGUUUCAGACAGUUAUACUAGACGAGGAUGUACGCUUGAUCCUAGAAUCGAUUGAGAUGCAGACUAGGGUUCCGCCGUCAUCGGGGCCAGGCUCCGGCCCGACUCCCAGUCCCAAGAAACGACGUAUUCAUAAAUGA